AUGCCCUUCCCAGUCCUCUCCAAAGAACCCAUCCCAGGCCUCUCCCUCUCAGCAGCAGGCCUCGUCGCCCUUGCAGACCUGCAAACCAUCGCCAACCGCACCGCGCUGACGGGGACGUCGUCGUGGUUCGACGCCCUCGUCCUCGCGCCGGGGUUGCAUUACCAGCAAGCAGCCGAUAGCGUCGCGGGGAGCAGCGGUGCUGUCACGGCCCAGACGUCCGCUGCGUUCGCCUCCGGAGGUGCCGCUGCGGGAGGGAACGGGAACGGCGGCGCUGGUAUCUUUGGCACGCAGGCAUUACCCGGCGGUAGGAAGAAGGAUGUCAAAGUGACGAAUCCAGGCAUGCUGCUUUUUCUUUCUCGACUUGGGGUCCAGGAGGAGCGGGCUAGGGAGAAGGAGCUUAAGAGGAGGAACGGGGAAAAGAUUAUCACACUCGACGUCGGCACCCUCUCCACCGGCCGGAAGCGGAGCCGGAGCCGGAAUCGGCGCGGCAGGGCUUUUGCGCACGAUUCGGAGUGGGAGUUUGAGCGGGGGAGUCACCUGCUCUACCUUGCGAGUCCGGUCCUUACGUUUGCUGCGUUGACUAUCAUGAUUUUACUGGCGGACUGGUGGGGUCUCGCAUCGAUCCUAGCACUCAUCACAUCCCGCCUCCUAAACAUCUACAUCAUCAAACAACGCACCCCUCCCCCCGCUCCUCCUCUUCCUCCUCCGGCCCCAGCCCCGGCCCCCUCUGCUUUCUUCACUAGCACGAGGAACAGCAACAGCAACGGCAACGGCGUAAUACCACCGUCAGAGUACCUCAUCCCCCUCACCCCAACCCUCAAGAUCCGCAUACGCGGCCCCGCAGACGACCUUGCCGCCUUAACAACAGACGCCUGGCUCCUCGCAAAGACAGCGGUACAGGGCUACCUCGAAGCGACGGCAAAACUAGCUGUGUACGUCGUCGCCAUCUUCAGCGGGAACGUCUCGCAGGCGGGGAAUAUUGUGAUGCUUGUGCUGUUGCUGGGGAGCGCGGGCUUGUUGGGGCUGAGUAAUGGGUUCAUGAAGGGGGUUCGGGGCAAGGGGCGCGUGGCGAGGGUGUGGCAUGGUGAUGGGCCUGGUGGCGGCGGCGGUGGUGAUGGUGCGGGAAGUGGGGGGCGGGCUGGGAGGGGGCACGAGAUGGGGAGGACUAGGCCACGCGGCGGACGGAAGGGGGAGGGUGAGGAGGAGAAAGAUGGGACUGGGGAUCCCGAUUGGGAUUCGCAGGUUGGGAGGGUUGUGAGGGAUCCGUAUCCUUUUGAAGGGAGUGUUGAGUAUUCAUAGGAUAGAGGGGUGUGGAUGAAGUUAUUCGAGUUGUGGGUGAUGUAAAUGAUGUUUGUUAGACGUAACGAAUGUAACGGAGUUGGACUGAAGACUUUAUGCAAUGAU